AUGGAAAAUAUAAGAGUGUUGGUCAGAGUUAGACCGCUUAACUAUAGAGAAACACAUUUGGGAGCCAAUUCUUGUGUGACUACAACAAAUAAUUCUAUUAUUUUAGAUAAUAAGAAGGAAUACAAUUAUGAUCAUGUAUUGGGAAUCAACUCAACAUAAGAGUAAGUAUUUGAUAAAAUUGGAAUGUCUACUCUUGAAUCAUUUUUGAAUGGAUUAAAUUGUUGUAUCUUUGCUUAUGGUUAAACUGGAGCAGGGAAAACAUACACAAUGUAAGGAAAAGGAUUAGAUGACUUAAAAAAUGAUGAAAUUCAUUUAGGAUUACAACCUAGAUUAAUUUAAAAAUUAUUCCUUGAUUUACCAAAAGAAAAUACUUGUUCUAUUAAAUGCACUUAUUUAGAAAUUUAUAAUGAAUAAUUAAUAGAUCUAUUAAAUGAUGCUAAACCAUAAACACUUACUAUAAGAGAAGAUUCAAAAAGAGUAUAUGUUGAGAAUCUAACUGAAAUUGCAGUAAGUUCAUAUAAUGAUGUUCUUUCUUUAUUAUAAAGAGGAAUUAAUAAUAGACAUGUUUCAGCUACUUAAAUGAAUCUUGAGAGUUCAAGAAGUCAUUCAGUUUUUACAAUUUAAUUUGAACAAAGAACUAAAGGAAUGUAUACAAGAAGAAGCAAAUUAAAUUUUGUUGAUUUAGCAGGUAGUGAAAGAUAAAAAUUAACUGCUGCCACUGGUGAAAGACUUAAGGAAGCAGCUAAUAUUAAUAAGUCAUUAACAGUUUUAGGAUUAGUUAUUAAUUCUCUAGCUGAAAAUCCAAAAAGAUUUAUUCCAUAUAGAGAUAGCAAAUUAACUUUUUUAUUAAGAGAAAGUUUGGGAGGGAAUUCUAAAACAGUUAUGAUUGCUACUAUUUCUGAAGCAAGUUCAUCAUUUUAAGAAACUUUAGGAACAUUAAAAUUUGCAUCUAGAGCAAAAAAUAUUAGAAAUUAAGCAAUUGUUAAUGAAGAAGUAGGAGGAAAUUUAGAAAGUUUGAAAGCAGAAAUUAAGAGAUUAAAAAAUGAACUUUAAUAAUAAAAUUCAAAUUCUGAAAUAUUUCCUAAAAAAUAAAAGGAAGUAGAAUUGAUUUCAUAAAUAUCUAGUCUUAAUAGUUAACUUAAUGAAAGUGAAUUAUUUUAGGAAUAGUUGAGUAAAGAAUUAAAAUAAAUGAAAGAAUAUUAUGAAUCAAGAAUAGUAGAAUUGGAAGAGCAUAAUGAAUAGAAUAAUGAAUCAAUUAAAAUUGAUCAUUCAAAUAGAGAUCUUUUAUUAUAAUAAGCUAUUGAAAUAUAAAGAGAAUUAAGACAUAAAAAUGAGAUCUUAAAUUAAAGAAUACUAGAAUUAUCUUAAGAGGAUACAAUCUUAAAACAUAGAAGAAAUGAACAAUAAUUAAUUAUUACUUAGUUAGAAUAAACAUUAUAAGAAGUACAAAAAGACAAAGAAUUAUUGAUAGCUGAAAUGGAAAAUUAAUAAUCAAUUAUAGAAAAGUAUGAAAAUCAAUUAGAUACAUUUUAAGAAGAUAAAUCACAAUAAGUUUAAGAACUAGAAAAUAAAAUUGCAGAAUUAAAUGAUUAAUUAUAACUAUAUAAAGAUUAAAUGGAUACAGAUGCAUAAACUAUUGAGUUUUAAAGUGAUGAAAUAUCAAGAUUACAAUAGGAAAUAGAAUAAAUCAAAGUCGAAUUAGAAAAUCUCUAAUCAAAUUUCAAUUCCUUAUAAGAACAAUCUAAAGAUAAGGAAAAUUUAAUUUAAGAAUAGGUAAAAGAGUUAAUCAAAUAUAGAAAAUUAAGUAAUGUUAAAUCUAAGAAAUUUUUAAAAAGUUUGAAAGUACUCAAAAAAGAAAAAGAAAAUUAUCAUAAUUUAGAAAUAAGGCAACUUGAUUUUCUAUAAGAACUUAACUAAUAAAUGGAACUUGAAUAGACUAUUCCUACUAAUUAAUCUAUAUAAGUUGCAGUUAAACAAAAGUUUGAAAAUAUUUAAAAUUUACUAAAUAAUGAAAUUUAAAUGACCAUGUAAUUAAAUAAAGAAAAAGAAAAUUAUAUUAAUUUAUAUAAUGAAACCUAAAGAUUUUUAGAUAAUAUUUCUAAAGAAAAUGAUGUAUUGAAGUUAGAAUUAGAAAAAAACAAAGUGAAUAAAGAGGCAGUCUAAAAAUAUAUGUAAUUAAAAGAUGAAUUUAUGUAUUAGAAAGAAAAAUUAGGUAAAUUCUUAGAUAGUUUUGAUAUUAUUAAUUAAAAGCUAAUAAUGAAAGAAAAUGAAAUUAUUAAAUUAAAAUCAGAACUGAAAUUAGAAUAAACCUAAAGAGCAAAAGCCUUAGAAGAAAUUGAUAAGUAAUUUUUAUCUAUUUAUCAUAAGACUUCGUACUGCUAAAAUAGAAUUGUCCAAUACAAAAAAUGAAUUACAAUAGACUAUUUAAUAAAUGUAAAUGAAUAUUUAGAAUGAGUUAGAUGAAAUUAAAUAAAAGAAAUUAUCUGACAAUGUAUUAUUUUUAUAAAAAGCAAACUAAAAGUUGAAUGCUGAUUUGUCAGCACUAUAAAAAUGUUAUAAAUAAUUAUUAGAUGAAAAAGAAAUCAUGUAAAAAAAAUAUGAAGAAAAACUAAUUUAUUCAGUUGAUUUCAAUAAAAUGAGAAAGGAUAUUAAUAUUACUAAUUAAAUUAAAGAGUAAUUAGAAAAGAAAGAAAAGGAUUAUUAAUCGCUUUUAAAGGAAAUGGAAUUAUUGGAUGAAUUUUUUAAAAGUAUCAAUGUAAAAAGAUUUUGCAACUCUUAAACUUUAAAUGAAGGAUCUACAAGUGAAAAAGUAAAAUAAUAUUUUUAAUAUUUGAAUGUAAAAUAUUAAAAUAAUUUAUUAUAGUAAUGUGAAUAAGAAUUUGAAUUCCGUUAAUAUUAACUAAGAACCAAUCUAUAAUUACUAAAUAUUGAAUAAGCUAGUUGCAAUAUGAUUAAAGAGGAAAAUAGAAUGCUAAAGAUGUAACUAAAAUAAUGA